AGGUUGAUUAAGGCUAUUGACUUACAAUUGCUUUCAUUCACAUUUUCUUCUUACACGAUAUUUCUUAUAAGGCCAUUUGGUAUAAUCACUAAUCAGGAAGAAAGCAUCUGUGGAAACACCACAACCAAUCAGUACUAUUUUCUUCUCUCUUCGUUUUAGUCACCACCAUCAUUGCAGGUACACCAACAAUGGUGUGGAAGGAGAUGGUGGCGAAGUGGAAGGAGAUGUUGAUGAGGUGGAGGGAAACCACGCUGCUUGCCGUGCCCCCCAUAGGCCCCCCCAUACCCGAUGAACUAUUGUCUUCAAUCGGGAAAGAGUAUGAUCACCUAAAAAUCCAAAUGGCAGACAUAAUAUUGGCUACGGACAACUUUAGUUCCAGCAAACUCAUUGGGCGUGGUGGGUUUGGUCCGGUGUACAAAGGUGAACUUUCUCUUCCGACAGGAUCAACCAUGGUAGCUUUCAAGUGCUUGGAUCAUAGAUCCUAUCAAGGAAACACCGAGUUUUGGAAGGAGAUCAUGAUGCUUUCCAAACGCAAACAUGAAAAUCUUGUCUCUCUCCUUCACUUUUGCAUUAAGAAUGACGAGAGAGUCCUUGUGUACGAGUAUGCCGCUCGUGGAAGCCUUGAUCAUUAUCUAAGUGAUGCUAAAACUCUUAAAUGGAACCAACGACUUUGUAUAUGCAUCGAGGUUGCACGUGCACUAAACUAUCUUCAUGAUCCCGUGGAAACACAACAAAGAGUUCUCCAUCGAGACAUGAAAAGCUCAAACAUCCUUCUGGAUCAUAAUUGGACUGCUAAAGUUUCUGAUUUUGGUUUGUCAAAAAUAGGCCCAGCAAACCAACCACAGACAUAUCUAAUCACCAAUGUUGUUGGUACGCCGGGGUAUACUGAUCCGUUAUAUUCAGAGACGUGCUUGCUAACAAAAGAGUCGGACGUGUAUUCUUUUGGAGUCGUGCUGUUUGAAGUAAUGUGUGGCAGAUUAUGUUAUGAUUGUAAUACUAGUGGUGAACUAACUGCCAUUUUAGUGCCUGAGUGGAAAAAUUUUUAUGAUGAAAAUAAACUACAUGAUAUUAUCUUUCAAGAUCUCAAGGAACAAAUGGUUUGGGAUUCUUUGAUUAUAUUUGCAGCCAUUGCAAGACGAUGUUUAGAAACAGAUCGUAAGGAGCGACCCACGAUGGAUGAGAUCUUAAAUGAACUCGAGGUUGCACUGGAUAAACAAGAGAAUACUACUUUUGACGACCAUUUAUUCAAGAUUUCAAAGCUUGCAAUACCUCCUCUGCCGUACAAAUCCCGAAAGGAACUCAUCUUACGUCUCUCCAAUGGGAUUCUCGUCGAUGAGGGGAAAAGGUGGCUUUGGAUAAAUGAACGCAAACAAAUUAGUGAAAUGGAAUCCGCAACAGAAUCUUUCCGUACAUCGAAUAAAAUCAAUAACUUUACAUACAUAUCAAGGUUAGAGGUCGGAUCCUUUUAUCCAUAUUUACCCUCAAAAAAUCAAUAA